GGCUCACAACCCACCUCUCUCCACCGAAAAGCCGCCAGGGACCAUGGAGGGAACCCUAGCUGGCGGAUCGGGGACCAAAAGGAAGGGGGUUCACGAGCACUGCAGCCAUCCUACUCCGCCACACCUGCUUCAGGAUGUGAAGCUGGAAGCGGAGGACAGCGACAGCGACAGCGAGUUCUUUAGCAGCAGCAGCGAAGAAGAUGCAUUCGCGGGGUUGGAAGGGUAUGGAGGAGAAACAAAGGGGAAGGGGAAGGAGGUUGCGGUGGCGCCAAAGCCCGAAACAGAAGUGCUAAGAGGACGAAACAAGGUUGAGGCGAAGCAGCUUGGGAAAUGGGGCGACAAGCAAAAGGGGCCUGCUCCUAAUUCAUCCCGUAUGCAGGCCAAACCCAAGGGGCGGGGGCGGCCGCCAGAAAUUGGCCUGCUAGUUGGAGAGCGUCUGGUCCGCAGGUUCAUACACAAGAUUGAAGUUGACGUCCGUGAAACCAUGGAGAUUCCAGCUACUGUGCGCAGGCACAUCCGAGCAGCAAUUCCGCCGAAGGUUAAGAUUCAGACCAGUGGAGGAUUACUAUAUGGAGUCAGAAUGAUUAGGGAUGGAGAUGUAGUUCGAGCAGGGGAGGGGUGGGAUGCAUUUGCUGCUGAGUUUGCAAUCGCGCCUGGGGAUACAUUGCUCAUGCAGAUCUGGUCAGAAAAGUGGUGGAAGAUCUCUGUCUUCGCGAAGAACGGUAGUGAGAAGACAAGGAAGCUCUAGUAUGUUCUCUACCAAUAAUAUAACUCGUGGGCUUCUGGGUUAAUGUGUUCUCUAGAGUUCUAGUAAGAAAGCUGUAAUGCUACUAGUUACUUCAUUAGUCUGUCCACAUAGCUGGCCGUUUUGGUUCGCUACCACUCUGAUGGGAUGAUGCAUUUUGUUAAUCAGUGACCCAGAAUUGGAGGCAACUAGCAUGCAAUGCGUGAAUCAGUGAACUAGCCUACGCAGCCUUGGGCAACAAUGUUAAUUGUUCUAAUGUAAUUGCU